AUGGGGCCGGCACCUGUGGACGGGGAAGUACGAAGCUCGUUCUUCACUGCGUUGUACGCGCCCUACGCCGAUACGCCACAGCCCCGUCCUCCUCGACUUCCGAGAGCGUUCCAGUCGAGAUGCAAUGCCCGUGUCGACUGGACUGUCAGGCCGGCCCUUGACACGUCCAGCAGCGACGAAGAAGACGACGAAAUAAAUGCACCUAAGAUCCCGGGCGGUCUUCUCGAGCAACCCGCCUAUAUCCCCGUGAACAAGUGGCUUUGGACACAGAACAAGCCUCUGUCAGACGCUGUAACAUUGCGUAACAUUUCUGUUGACGCCACAUGCGCCACCAGCAUUAUGAGGGCCAAGAUCGACGGUACCGAAGUAACUUAUCUGUGCAAGAGCUGGUCUCGUGCUUCGCGCGAUCAGUGGCGAGGAUUUUACUCUGAGCUCAAACUCUACUCCUCGCCAUAUUACAUGCGAGCGCUGCAGGGCUUCAUCGUGCCCAACAUCAUCAACCUCUACGAGAGCGCUCACUCCAUCUCCCUCCUCAUGGAGCUCCCACACACCUCCUUCUGGAUGGAAGCCUCCGCCGACAUGCCCGCCGUGCUCAAGAAGGUCGUCUACCAGACCUACAUCAUCCUGCACCAGCGGGGCAUCCUCCACGGCGAGGCCGAGCUGCGCAACAUGCUCAUCGGCGGCGACGGGCACGUCACGCUCGUCAACUUCCACGCCGCCCGCGCGCGCUUCCCCAUCCCCGAGCUCGGGCUCGAGCAGGCGGACCGGCGCGAGUUCGCGCUGGAGCUGCGGCAGGUCGCGUACAAACUCGACUACGACGGCGCACGCGCGCGCGAGAACGCGAAGAUGGCGCGCUUCGUCGCGCUCGAGAAGCGCAACAAGCGGCUGCGCGAGCGAGGGCGGCCUGCGGAGAGCCCGAUGCUCGAGGAGCGCGAGGAGCCGUUCAUCCCGGUCGACCUGUGGAAAAAACGGUUCACGAACGCGCCCGAUGUGGCGCACCGGAGGCAUGUCGUCCCUGGACAGGCGCCGGACGAGCUGCAGCGUUGUAUUGAUUCGUUCGAGGUUGCGAUAGAGCAUAUGGAGCAGCGUGAGACGAUAGAGAUGUUGUCUCCGCUCAUCGACCGCUUGCCUCCGCCGACUCCGUCAUCUGACGCACCAGAAUCGGAGUCGGAGUCGGAAGCCCCACCGUCGAGGUCUCGCAAACGAAAGGCGCGUCAGGCGGUAGAGGAUGGCGAGUCUCCGCACAAACGGGCCCGAGGCAAUGAAAGCACGGACGAGCCAGCAUCGCCUCCACCGUCAUAUGAACGUUCAUCUACCACAUAUGACACUGGCACCUCAGAUACUCUUCUGCGGGCACAGCCGACCCAGAGGUAUCCGCAGAAGCCGGACUUCGUACGCGACUUCGCGGACAAGCCAUACAACGGUCCUCGCGGGUACUACGUCCCCUCCCCGCCAAUGGAGUCCCUCGCGAGCACUAUGCGGAACAUACACAUCCGCAACACGAACGCCAUCCAGGCAGCCCUGCAAGGGCUGCAUUAUUACCGGUUCGACAAGCCAACAGUGCGCGCACCGUCCUUCAAGCGGAACCUGCCGGCGGGCUGCCACAUCUCGCUCGGCGCGCUGAAGCGGCAGCGCGCUGCGGCGGAGCAUCCCGACACCACGGAGGGGAUGCGGGCGGCGAAGAGGGUGCGGUUCGAACAGGACCGCGUCGCGUCGUUGAUGGAGCGCCGGAAGGUGAAGUUUAGGGAAGAGGUCUCCUUCCUGGAGCCGCCACCAGUUGUGCCGGAUUACGCACGAAUCAUCGUCGACGGGCCGCCUGCGGGAUGGCCCCCGGAACCUGUCCCUGCCGCCGUGGACGAGCCGCCCGCAGCAGAGCUCCCACAACCUGUCCCUGCGGCGGUCGAAAUGCCACGAAGCAUCCUGAAACCGACACCGCCUGUGAAGGGUGUGACCUACGACUUCAGCCUCUGGCCGAUGAGGUCCCACGGCGCCUUCGACGACCCCGAUGAGGACUCUCAGUCUACGCCGUUGGUACUUGGUCCCCCUCCAGACGCGGCGCCUGUGGCUGGCCCAUCUACGCUACCGCCGGCGGGCCCGGACGCGCCCGAGGGGUCUGGGCGAAUACUUCCCUUUACUGGCGUAGCGGGGGAGCGGGUGGGACGCUCGACUGAGCGAUAUGCUGAUGCGUCUAUCGCUGAUGGCGCGGACAGCGCAGCGGGCUCGUUAUCGGGUCCUCCGUCUGUGCCUUCGCUUGCUCUCACGGACGAGGCCUUCGCCGCCUCCGCGCCUGCGCCCUGGACUGUCCCUUUUAUGGAGGGACCGGGGGCGUCGAUGGUUCGCGGCACCGAAGCGUCCGCUGCGACGGGUGAAUGGUAUCGGCCUCGGAGUCGGACCCAGCCGCAGUCGAGAGGCGGGGCGGGGUCGUCCGCUGGUCAUGCGCCAUUACCAGACGACUCCGAGGAGGACGAGAUGGAGAUGGCGGAGGUGGAAGGGAUCCUGUUCAGGUUAUCGGACUCGGAGUCGUAGCUUGCGG